AUGUCCAAACUCUUGUUCGACGAUGUCAUGGCACUGGCCCUGCUGCCAACUACAUCGAACCAUACGACAACGACAGGUGGCAUCGUCAAGCGUUACAUGAGUCUCUACCCAGCUUGGGUACCAGGGUCAGAACUUGUCGGCGGCAAAGGCCGCGGGUCCAAGGCAGAUCCUCGAGCUGCAUACGGAGGGCAUGUUUACUGUCAGGCGCCGCUAGCUGCAAGCCGCGCCGUGAAAGAAGAGGAACCUGAAGGAUCCGGAACGCAGUCCGGGGGUUUUGGGCUUCACGCCAUUCAAGGAGUCUUCUCGGCUGCCGCCAAGUCAGACAGGCCAUUCAUAUAUGAGGUCACUGUUCUAUCGACUAGCAGGACAUUCUGCUCCCGCCUGGUGACUGUGCGCCAACCAAAAGAGACGAGCAAACGCGGCCACUAUGAAGACAACUUCUUGUUGGAGGAUGCCGAAGGGCUUUUGGGUGAUAUCUGCUUCAGUUGCAUAUGCACCUUCAAACGGCCAGAGGAAGCCAGAAUCGUUUCUCAAGAAGAGCCACCGCAUAAACGCUUUGCCGAAAUUCUGUCCACCAAGUCACCGCAGGAUUGGCCGUUCGCACCGGCGGUCGAUGUGGAAGAAAUCAAAGCCAUGUUUCCGGAUGUUGGCCAGACGACGUUUCCCAUCGUUGACAUGCACAAAGUCGACUUGACGGCUUACAAUGAGGGAAAGCCGGUUUCGGAGAGGAAGGAGCUUCUCCUAUAUCGUCUUAAAGGCCCUCUUCCAGCGGACGAUCCCAAUUCGCAUGUGGCUGUCCAUGCGUUCGAGUCCGAUCGCAACGGAUUAUUGAUGAUAGGCAACCAUGUUGGCCUCGGAUGGAGUCUAGGCACCGCGGCCAGCUUAACGUACAAGUUUGUCGUUCAUGUCAAUGUCGAUCAAGCCGUGAUGAAAGACGAUGGCUGGUGGAUUCAGGAGGCAUCAUUUCCCCGGACCGGCCACGGUCGAGGGGACUCAGAAGCCAGGAUGGACCCGACUUCGCCCUCGUACAACAGUGCGCCUGUCCGGCGAUCGCAAUUGCUCACGUCUAUCUCAGAAUUGAGACAAGGAAUCCAAGCUGCUGAGGCCGAAAUUGAUCGCAUUGAGAACCGGAUCUCAUACAAAGAGGACUGGCUCAAAGAGCUUAAAUCUGAACGCAUCGCCGCUGAUAUCCCUAAACCGGCAAUUGACAAGGCCAUCAAGCAGACACAAGCACUCAUCAAAGAGAUCGAAGAGACCCUCAUUGCGAAGACAGAUGAGAUCGCACGCCUGAAAAGCAAGCUGAAGAAGAAGGAGACAAAGCUUGCAGCGAUCCCACAAAUCGAGUCAUCCAGUGCGCCCAACCCCAAAGACAACGAAGAUGCGGCAGCACUACUUGAAGUCACAGCCACCCCCGUGAAUGCCAUCUUCACAAUCAGUGAAGACGGCAAGACCUACCUUAACCCGCCCAUGCUUCGGGGUGUCCCAGUCGCACCCAUCAGCGAAACCGGCUCAUACUGGAACCCCUUAUGGAAAAAGUUUGCAGAGGCAGUCAACGAAGAGAAGGUGGAAAGGGAUUAUCAAGAAUAUCUCUUGAUCAGACAUCAGCGAAUGCUCCAAGGACCCCUCCCAGCAUCAGAGGAUGACCCAGAGCAUGUCUUUAAGAGAUACCAGCGCAGCUUGCGGCAAGCCAAGUUCACAACGCAGUGGUUCAAUCCAGGACACACAAUCCAUCCUAAUCAACUCAUGGCAAAGGAACACUUGCCUGAGACUGGGAUCUGCGACAACUAUGUUCUCUACAAGAUCUGCAACAUCCUCAGCCGGCUUAAUGCUAUGUAUGAGCGCGGAGAGCUGGGAAUGCCGCCUAUUCACUUCCUCAUGUGGAGGAUGAGUGUCUCCCUGGAGCGCUUUCCACACGACCCCAUGAAGUCAUUCUGGCGUGUCAUGGUUGACAAAAACCACGGUGCUUACGACAGCAUUCUUCGGCAAGCUGAGAUCAGAGGUGCACAGCAUACCGGUGACUACAACUUCUACUUAGGUCGAUGGAAGCAGGCAUCUUCUGCCAGAGAGCAGACCCAUUCGUCCGCAUUGACGGGUAGCAGAUCAGCCGCCCCUGACGCAGGAAUUGCACAGCCUCGAGCAGGUUUCCAUGAGGCCUUUUUCCAGCAGCAACAGCAGCAACAGCAGCAGCAGAAUCUGUGUGAGCCUGAUUCUAACCUUACCUUGAACCCAACAGAGGCGUUGAGGUUGCAAAUGCAGAUGCAGACAUCUUCCACACAAGAAGAGAGACGACAUGUCAGUGAUCGACGCAAGACGCACCACUCUUUAGAGGCCUUUGAUACAUCGACCUCUGAUCACGACGGUAGCUACUCGCGCCCUGCCAAGAGGCUGCGUCAGUUACCACUGUUUACAGAGGAUCGUCUUGCAGUUCGAAGCAGACCAUCUGCUGAGAGCAUGGUCUCGAGCCAUUCCUUGAUCGGACCCAUUAUGGAGACCGAGCCUUCUAUGGAUCUUGAAGCGGAGAUUGGACAUGGAGCUCACACUCGGACAUCUACAUUCGGGGUUGUGGAUGCCCCAAUGGAGGAUGAACUUCAGCUGGACAGCUUCGAGAAGAGCAUGGCCGACGAUGAUGAUUUGGCAACCGAGGCAACGGCUCCGAUUCCCCAAACUACCAGCGUCGAAACCCCAGUCGACAAUCGCGAAUGGAUUGACAUGUUUGUCGGCUCGGAAGAGAUCAGAAGACAGAUCCAGCCCACAAACAUGGAGGCCAUCAGAGCUUCAGUCGGAGAAAGUCCUUUCCCAAAGGAUACUGGAAGAAGAGUUUCUCACGGAUUUGUCUUCCCCUGGUACCACAGCGAGGAAGCUCAGAAGCUGGACGAAUUGGGAUUCCCUUUCUAG